AUGGCAGAAGUUCUCAAUAGUCAGAAACCCGUGUUGUUUAGCUAUGUUGCUGUGUUUGUUGUUCUCAUUUGCAUUGGACCCAUCAAAUCUCAAGCACAAUCUGGGACUCUUGCCACUGAAGAAGGUAAAGCUUCUUACUUUGGAAUCUCAGUGUCAAAUGUGAAAGCCCUUCGUGAAAUAGCUGAACAGCUGAAUAAGAAGGACUGGAAUUUCAGUGACCCAUGUAGCAAUGUUCCAACUUUUUCGAGCCCGCAUGCUGAUCAGUACAACAAUACUCUUGUCUGCAAUUGCUCAUUCUCCGGCAACAUAUGCCACAUCCAAAGCAUUUAUCUUAUGGGUCAGGAUCUAGAUGGUGUUCUUCCAGCGUCACUGGCUAAGCUACCUUAUCUUAAGCAAGUUAAUCUGGGUCAGAAUGAUCUUAAUGGUUUGAUUCCACGUGAAUGGGCUUCUACCAAGUUGGAAUUUCUGGUUCUCAGCGUGAAUAACUUAUCAGGACCUAUCCCUGGCUAUUUGGGAAACAUAACUACCCUUCGAGCUCUGGCCUUGGAAGGCAACUUAUUUUCUGGACCUGUUCCUUCAGACCUGGGAAAACUGAUUAACAUGGAGAGUCUCUAUCUUCGCGUUAACAAUCUCACUGGAGAGUUACCUGUAGCUCUCACUAAUCUGACCAAAUUAAAAGAACUUCAGAUAGGUAGUAACAAUUUCACUGGAAGAAUACCCAACUACUUUCAAAGUUGGAAAGACCUCGAAAUCUUAGAGAUGAUAGCGAGUGGUUUUGAAGGGCCCCUUCCAUCUAGUCUCUCUGUCUUAAAGAAUAUGACAGACCUGAGGAUUGGUGACUUAAGUGGUGAGAGCUCAGAGUUUCCAAAUUUAUCAAACAUGACAAACAUGAAGAAACUGAUGCUAAGGAGCUGCAAUAUAACAGGACAAAUCCCUGAAUAUAUAUCUACCAUGACAAAUCUGGCUGUUUUAGAUCUAAGCUUCAACAGAUUGGAAGGGGUCAUUCCAAAUUUUGCUAAUAUAAUGCAGUUGUCAACAAUAUAUUUGACAAGUAACUUGCUUACUGGGCUUCCAGACUGGAUCAAAAGCAGAGACACUCGCUACAAUAUAGAUAUCUCCUACAAUAACUUCUCUCAGAGCUCUGUCCCAGCUGUUUGUCGAGGAACUUUCAAUUGGUUCAGAGGUAUUUACCAACAGAACAACUCAAUACUAAGCAAUUGCCUCAACUCAUGUUCAAAAGAUCAGUUUUCAUUGCAUAUAAAUUGUGGUGGAAAACAAACCACCAUCGGAGGCAUCAAGUAUGAAGGAGAUGAAGCCUCAGGAGGUGCAGCAACAUUUGUUCAAGCCACACCCCCCAAUUGGGGGUUCAGUAGCACCGGUGAUUUCGUAGAUGCUUGGAGUUCUGAAAAUGACUAUAUUGCAAAUAAUGUUUCCAUACUCAAAAUGAACAACUCGGAAUUGUACAAAACUGCACGACUUUCUCCUCUGUCGCUCACCUACUAUGCCCAUUGCUUAGCAAAUGGAAAUUACACUGUGAAACUACACUUCGCAGAAAUAGUUCUCAGAGACAACAGGUCUUAUUAUGGUGUUGGAAGACGAAUGUUUGAUGUUUAUAUACAGGACAAAUUGGUAUUGAAGGAUUUUGAUAUUAGAAAGGAAGCACUAGGGAUAGAUAAGGAAGUGAUCAAGGAAUUUAAAGCUGUUGUGAAUGUUAAGACUCUACAGAUCCGCUUUCAGUGGGCUGGGAGAGGAACAACUAAUGUUCCGCGAAGAGGAAAAUAUGGUUCUCUUAUAUCAGCCAUUUCAGUGCAGUCUGAUUUCAAGCCCCCUGAUGACAGCAAAACGAAGAUUUACAUUGUGGUUGGAGUUGUUUCCGCUUUAUGCCUUAUAUUCUUGAUUAUUGGCAUUCUUUGGUUUAGAGGCUGUUUCGGACACAAGACAACCAGGGAAGAAGAACUGAGAGGAAUGGAUCUGCACACUGGUUUCUUUAGAUUCAAACAAAUUAAAGCUGCCACCGAUAACUUUAAUCCUGCAAACAAGCUUGGGGAAGGUGGCUUUGGAGCUGUUUACAAGGUAUCCUAUAACUCUUUUAAGUUUCCUCAUAAUCGUAUUUUCAUUUCGUUUGUUAAUGCUUUAUUAUCUUCUCAGGGAGAAUUAUUGGACGGUAGUUUUAUUGCCGUUAAGCAACUUUCUUCAAAAUCGAAGCAGGGAAAUCGUGAAUUCGUGAAUGAAAUAGGCAUGAUGUCUUCAUUACAACACCCAAAUCUUGUUAAACUGUAUGGAUGUUGCACGGAAGGAAAUCAAUUAUUUUUGGUAUACGAAUACAUGGAGAACAAUAGCCUUUCACAUACGUUAUUUGGUUCGGAGGAAGGCCUACGAAAAUUGAACUGGCCAACAAGGCAGAAAAUAUGUGUUGGUAUUGCAAGGGGUCUUGCUUUCCUGCACGAUGGAAUCUUGAAAAUUGUUCAUAGAGAUAUCAAAACAACCAACAUAUUGCUGGAUAGAGACUUUAAUGCUAAGAUAGCUGACUUUGGUUUGGCUAAGCUGGACGAAGAAGAGCAUACCCAUAUCAGCACCAGAGUUGCUGGAACUAUAGGAUACAUGGCGCCUGAGUAUGCAUUAUGGGGAUAUUUAACCGAUAAGGCAGAUGUCUACAGUUUUGGGGUUGUAGCAUUGGAACUGGUAUCAGGGAAAAACAACAUCAAAUAUCGGCCAAACGAAAAUUUUGUAUGCCUUCUAGAUUGGGUAAGAUCUUCCUUGUAUCCAAUUAGAAUGGCUUCAUAUUUGUUUGCUGGUAUUGUUUUUCUUAUUACAAAUUUCACUUCCAUUUCUUCCCCAAUGCAGGCCCUAGUUUUACAACAGAAAGGCAAUCUAAUGGAGCUGGUGGAUCCAAAGUUAGGUUCUGGGUUCAACAAGGAAGAGGCACUUAGAAUGAUAAAGGUGGCCCUACUAUGUGCCAAUUCAUCACCAGCACUAAGACCAACAAUGUCUCAAGUGGUGAGCAUGCUUGAAGGCCGAACUGAUGUUCAUGAAGUGACCAUAAAUCCAAGUAUUUAUGAUGAUGAAAUGAGGUUUAAGGCCUUUACAGAGGACUCUGAUCCGAAUAUGCAAGAGAGCUUUGAGGAGACUCGAAGCUUCAUACACUCGGAUUCAAAAUGGACAGCCUCUUCCUCAUCGUCUGUCCUGAAUAUUGACACGGUUAAAUUUGAGACUUGAUAAUAUUGACAUCAGUAUACAAGCAAAGUGAAACCAGGACAUGCACUAGAGAGUAGAGACUGCUAAAGGAUACCUGAAUAUUGCCUUCAUCUAUGUUCAUGUUUGUAUAUUACCAGGAAUUCUCGACCACAUUCAUUUGAUUUGAUUCAUGUAUAUAUUGUUCCCCCAUUAAAAUAUGUAUAGCUUAAAUCCAAGAGUUUCUAAGACUUGGUGCUUCAGUGAGUCGGAGCAUCACCAUUUUUAAGAUUUCAGAGAACACUCUUUUUCCUCUCCC